GGUGAAGAUAGGUGGCUGUGCAUACUUCUUCUUCAGCAAGGCUACAGAAUUGAAUAUGCUGCAGAUGCCUGGACCUUUGCGCCUGAAGGGUUUUUUGAAUUCUUCAACCAGCGUUGUCGCUGGAUGCCCUCCACCAUCGCCAACAUUCUGGAUUUGCUGGGGAGCACCUCAAUGACAACAAAGAAGAACCCCAAUAUGAGCAUUUUGUACAUUUUGUUUCAGUGGCUGUUGAUGCUAAUGACAAUGCUAGGACCUGGGACCAUCCUCAUGAUGAUUGCUGGUAAAUAUAAUUACAUCAGCCAUCCCAAAACUGUGGUCAUUGACUUUGGCCCUCCUAAAGUUUUCACAUUCAUACUUCAAUAAGACAUUCUUGAAUUCUGAAUAUAUUUUUAAUGGUUUUUUCUAACUUAAUCUAUACAGUGUGAUACUGCUUAAGGAAUGUAUGUCAUUUUAUCGCAACAUAAUUUUAAGGAAAGAAAAUUCAUAUAAAAAUAAUGUUAAAAAAUUUAUCUUGACUUUGAAAUCUAAAACUUCCUCACCCAAAAAAUCUCAGAUUAUUUUUAUUUUUAUAAAAUUUUAUAAAAAUUAUCUCCCAGGUGCAGUGAAGCUAGUAUUCAAGAUGACAUUAAUAGAAAGCUAUUUGUUUGCCACCAUACCUGCCAUGGCAUUUACAGUCUCCUGUUUCUGGCUCACGACAAGGCUUCAACUAAUAUUUGCAGCAAUCCUCAGCAUCAUCUACACAUUUAUUAUGAUGGUAGUAUUUGUGGGUACCAUUCAGACAGCUGCAAAAGGAGAACAUAUCCCAUCCUAGUGUUAUUGUGAUUGUUCUUCUCUCUGGAAUUUUCAUUAUUGCUGGCAUCUGUCAUCCUAAGGUACCGUAUAUAUGUUCUUUUCCGACAUUAUAACUAUUUUUAAAUUUCUAGAUAUGACUAUUUAGAAUAUAUUUUGAGAAGGAUUUAAUUAAAAUUGGCCCCUGUUAAAAUAAAGUUCAUUUUUAAGGGCAUGCUAAGUUUUAUUUUUAAGGCAGUUAAUUCAAAUUCUUUGUAAUGACUUCAUUACGUUUUAAUAUAUAUUUAUUUACCAUCACAAACAGAAUGUAAUAAUUGUUUAAAAUAGGAAAUCUGGUGCCUGAUACAUCGUGUCCUCUACUUACUGACGAUCCCCUCUGGUUAUUUGCUGCUGGUCAUUUUUUCAAUCUGCAACCUGAAUGAUGUUUCAUGGGGCACAAGAGAAGUGCCUACAAAGACCCAAAGAUUGGAAAUGGAGAGGAGAAAAAAAGAAAAAGAGGAAGAAAAGAAGAACAAGCCAAAGAAAGGUUUUCUGGCCAGGAUAUUCAACAGGGGAGAAGGUGAAACAGUUUUGUCAACCAGCAGGAUUGUAACUCUGUGCAAGUUGGGGCACUUUUGCCCCUUGCAUAAAGUUAAUUGAAAUGCAUUAGUUUUGUAUUGAUAUCUCGUACAAUAAAUGACACUUGAGAGAGGGAAGUGCCUAUAGUUAAGAUGAUGUUUUAUAAAAGUUAAACACACGAUAUUCAUUGUUUUUACAAUGCUGUUAAUUUCAAAAUUUAAUUAAAUUAAGAACAUGCAGCAAGAUCUUAAGAAGCUGAAUUAUUUUAUUUUUAAAGGGGGAUUCACAAGUUUUCCAUGUUAUUUGAAGAUCCAUCAUCCAUUGAAAUGCAUUUGANUGUAUGAAAUCUUAUAUUACAUCUAAAAUUAUCCUUUAUAAUUAUACAACAUAAAUAACACAAAUUAAAAAUUACCAAUCAAUUUACCAUCAGUAUCAUCUCAAUAGCAAUGAAAAAACAGCAACAAAUUUUAAGCUGAGACAGUGCAAAAUUAAACUUUUCUAUAUUGGCUUAUAACCAUAGAAAUAAAGUGACCAAUCCGCUUUGAUUUAUUUAUUUAACAACUAGAGAAAGGAAAGCAAGUUUGAAAGUUAAAAAUUCUGGUACCACAGGUGAAGAUAGGUGGCUGUGCAUACUUCUUCUUCAGCAAGGCUACAGAAUUGAAUAUGCUGCCGCUGCAGAUGCCUGGACCUUUUCGCCUGAAGGGUUCUUUGAAUUCUUCAACCAGCGUUGUCGCUGGAUGCCCUCCACCAUCGCUAACAUUCUGGAUUUUCUGGGGAGCGCCUCAAUGACAACAAAGAAGAACCCCAUUAUGAGCAUUUUGUACAUUUUGUUUCAGUGGCUGUUGAUGCUAAUGACAAUUCUAGGACCUGGGACCAUCCUCAUGAUGAUUGCUGGUAAAUAUAAUUACAUCAGCCAUCCCAAAACUGUGGUCAUUGACUUUGGCCCUCCUAAAGUUUUCACAUUCAUACUUCAAUAAGACAUUCUUGAAUUCUGAAUAUGUUUUUAAUGAUUUUUUCUAACUUAAUCUAUACAGUGUGAUACUGCUUAAGGAAUGUAUGUCAUUUUAUCGCAACAUAAUUUUAAGGAAAGAAAAUGCAUAUAAAAAUAAUGUUAAAAAAUUUAUCUUGACAUUGAAAUCUAAAACUUCCUCACCCAAAAAAUCUCAGAUUAUUUUUAUAAAAUUUUAUAAAAAUUAUCUCCCAGGUGCAGUGAAGCUAGUAUUCAAGAUGACAUUAAUAGAAAGCUAUUUGUUUGCCACCAUACCUGCCAUGGCAUUUACAGUCUCCUGUUUCUGGCUCACGACAAGGCUUCAACUAAUAUUUGCAGCAAUCCUCAGCAUCAUCUACACAUUUAUUAUGAUGGUAGUAUUUGUGGGUACCAUUCAGACAGCUGCAAAAGGAGAACAUAUCCCAUCCUAGUGUUAUUGUGAUUGUUCUUCUCUCUGGAAUUUUCAUUAUUGCUGGCAUCUGUCAUCCUAAGGUACCGUAUAUAUGUUCUUUUCCGACAUUAUAACUAUUUUUAAAUUUCUAGAUAUGACUAUUUAGAAUAUAUUUUGAGAAGGAUUUAAUUAAAAUUGGCCCCUGUUAAAAUAAAGUUCAUUUUUAAGGGCAUGCUAAGUUUUAUUUUUAAGGCAGUUAAUUCAAAUUCUUUGUAAUGACUUCAUUACGUUUUAAUAUAUAUUUAUUUACCAUCACAAACAGAAUGUAAUAAUUUUUUAAAAUAGGAAAUCUGGUGCCUGAUACAUGGUGUCCUCUACUUACUGACGAUCCCCUCUGGGUAUUUGCUGCUGGUCAUUUUUUCAAUCUGCAACCUGAAUGAUGUUUCAUGGGGCACAAGAGAAGUGCCUACAAAGACCCAAAGAUUGGAAAUGGAGAGGAGAAAAAAAGAAAAAGAGGAAGAAAAGAAGAACAAGCCAAAGAAAGGUUUUCUGGCCAGGAUAUUCAACAGGGGAGAAGGUGAAACAGUUUUGUCAACCAGCAGGAUUGUAACUCUGUGCAAGUUGGGGCACUUUUGCCCCUUGCAUAAAGUUAAUUAAAAUGCAUUAGUUUUGUAUUGAUAUCUCGUACAAUAAAUGACAUUUGAGAGAGGGAAGUGCCUAUAGUUAAGAUGAUGUUUUAUAAAAGUUAAACACACGAUAUUCAUUGUUUUUACAAUGCUGUUAAUUUCAAAAUUUAAUUAAAUUAAGAACAUGCAGCAAGAUCUUAAGAAGCUGAAUUAUUUUAUUUUUAAAGGGGGAUUCACAAGCUUUCCAUGUUAUUUGAAGAUCCAUCAUCCAUUGAAAUGCAUUUGAUCAAGCCACCUUUUUAUUUGUGCCAUCCUAAAUCAUCUCUAUAAAUAUUUUAUAUACAUUUUAUCUCUACACGAGUUAAAGAGGUUAUGGAAUACUGAAAAUAGUUCUUUAAUUGUUAUUUUGAAUGUAUUUGCAAUUUAUAAUAAUAGUACUCAAGCAUAUAUUAUAUACACUAAAACUUAUAAUAAUAAUACUCAUUAGAUAAGACCCAUGAAAGUGCACCUUCAUUUUUUAAUGUUAUGUCUUAUAUUUACCAGAACACCUGAAAGAAUGAACCAACCUGGUAAAAACUUUGAUACCUGUACGUAACCAACAGACAAAUCUUGUGACUGGUGAGAUGUCUGACUAAACAGUCAUUAACUUACUGAAAAGGAUUGAGGAGAAACUAGCAGUAAGUAGUUUUAUUUUAGAUUUAUUAAAAAUUUCUGUGGUGCUUUGUAGGUAUCCAUCCUGGUUUAAUGAAAAAAAUUAACAAUAAAUUAAUAAUUUUAAAACAUUUCUUCCCAAAAUUGUAUCACUCUACUUACCUGCGUAAUGUAAAACAUUUCUUCCCAAACUUGUAUCACUCUACUUACCUGCGUAAUGUAAAACAUUUCUUCCCAAACUUGUAUCACUCUACAUACCUGCGUAAUGAAAUUUAUUUACAAUCUAUGUCCUUGGAAGAAAAAAUUUCAUAAUAAUAAUUAUAGAAUUAAUUGCAUUUUGAUCUCUAUUUUUAACCUUUAAAAACACCCUAACCCCUAACCUGGUAAUUGAAUGGGCCUACCAUUUUCUGUCUACUAAAUAUCUAAAUCAGUUAAAUUUGUCUGUGUAUUUUUGCGGUCAACGACUUCUUAUUAGAAAUGGAUGCGUUUUUUUAUGGUCCUUCUUCAGGUUUUCCCUAAAUUUAAAAAAAAAAAAUGUGUAUACUGUGAACACUAUUUAAUCACAAUUUAUAAGCACUGUUGUGCCAAAGUUAUAUACUAAUAUUGAUAAAUUCAUCCCACCCUGCCAGAAAAUGGUUCCCACUGAUGGCACUCUUGCACAGGUUGUUGUUGAGCAGCCUCACGGCAGCAAGCCUCAAAUAUCACGACACUCUUUUGAUUUUCAUCAAACCCUGCCCAAGACAAUAGAUGAGCCAGAGGUUGAGCUGCCUCACGGCAGCAAGCCUCAGACAUCACGACACUCUUCUGACAUUCAUCAAACCCUGCCCAAGACAAUAGAGGAGCCAGAAGUUGAGCUGCCUCAGAGCCCAGUAGCUGAACCAGCAUUAGUAGCUGUCAAACCAGCAGAACCAGUAAGUUUUUCUGUAACAUAACAUCCAUUUUGUAUAUAUGUAUAUUUUGCUGCUGCAGCCCUACAUCUGUGGUCUGCAAACUUUGUGUGUGUUCAAACUCUCUUACAAAUUUUACCUGUAACAAAUUUAAUGGUAAUAAAGUAAAUUCUCCACUUGGUAUUUUCAUGUCGGCAAACUGUUUUUGAUUAUAGCUUAACCAGUAAAAUGGAUUUGUUUGUUCCCGCUACCAGGAAAGUAUCCUUGGCUUUGCCUUUGUGGCUCUUCUGUUACUGCUUUUGAUCUUGCAAAUGAUUGGAAUGUUGAUGCACCGCAUGAGCACAUUACAGCACCUUCUGGCCAUCACAGAGAUUAGAAUAAGGUAGGACCCCAAGAAAUGUUGCCAGUAUGGCAAUUCCUAAAUGUUAUUCAUUAACAAAGCAAAUUUAAUUUAUUUGUUAUUCAAUUUUAAAUCUGCUUAAAUUUUUAUGUAAUAAACUGUUGAUGCUACUGAAAAUAUAAUUUUAAAAAAUGGCUCUAGACUCUUAGAUGAACUUUCAUAGCAACUUUUUUUUUUACUAAUCAAGGAAUUUUAUUUUAGUGUUUUUAUGGCCAUGAAACUUCAUCAUUUCAAAUAAGUUUUAAAAAAACUAAAUUUUUUAAGCAGAAAGAAUUGCAAGGAUUUUUGUAAUCUUUUCCUGGAAGCUGAACAAAAAUUCAAACAAUUCUUUUUAAACAUGAAUAAUUGUUUAUUUCUUUCAUUUUACUAAAUUUCAUUCUGUGUCCUCAAAAGAUUUAAAUAUCACUGCAUAACUUUUUAUCUGAUAGGAAAGGUAAAAGGAAAGAUGCAUCCGUGGCACGAAACAGAGAAGAUGCCAUCAGGCAAAUCAAAGCAGUUUUGCAGAUUCCUUCCAUGAUUGAUAAUGGUGCUUUCACUACACCACCAGCUAUAGCUGAGAAAAACAAUAAACUUGGGGUCACUUUUAUCGGGGCAUCAAAUAAAGGAUCAGUUGGACUAGGUUAGUUUUUUCUGAGGCAAUAAGGGAAUGAAAGUUAAUUGUAUUAAAAGGGGAAAGUGUGCAAGGGGCUUUUAGGGGACUUUAGGAAGAAGAGUGGUACUUUUAUUUUCACUCAUUAUUUUAAAGUUACACCCUAAAAUUAUGAAAAUUUCUUGACUAGCAUACAUUUUGUAGACUCAAACACAAGCUAUACCAUAUAGAAGGACCUCCUUUUGUGAUAACAGCUGUCCUUUUUAUCAGGCUGAUCUAUACUCACAGUUGGAAACUUCAGCCUUUUGUUUGCUAACAAACUGAAGAAAAACGGCAGAUAUAUUCAUUUAAAAGAAAACACUUUAAAAUAACAAUUAAAAACAAAGUUACCGCUUAAGGCCAACCAUUAAAAAUAAAUCUGUGUUCAUAUCAACAGGCAAAGUGACCAAUGAUGAAAGGUUCACCAAUGAACUGGGAAAGUCUUUGAAACAUUUUGGAAAUAUAAGGAAUUCCUCUAAAGAGGUCGUGCUGGACAGGAGGAAUAAGGAAAUCUUGUCAAGUGCACGGCAGCGUAUGAUGGGUGGUACAGUCAAGCAGAAGUGAGUUGUUUAUUCAUUCCUAUUCUUGUUCUGUCCAAUUUUUACUAGGGGGAGGCAUUGCAGGGAGGUGCAGUUGGCUGCAUCCCAGAAGGUUUGAGGCCUGCUGAAGGUUUAUGUUGUUAACUUUGAGGGUGUCCUUACCACAUCCCAUAUGCCAAUGGUGUGGUCUUCCUCUGGUCCCAAAACCGGAGGGCCUGUGUUGUAGGCUUGUAAUCCAGGCUGAUUGACAGGUAUUCUGACCAGAUGGCUAAAUUAAUUAAUUCAUUGUAGGGCCAUUUACUAGCUGACUUUUGUGGCACCAACCAUUUGUCUUAUAUCCUGGUUCUGAAUGUGGUCCCUUCUCCUUUUACCAGUUGACAUCUCAUCUCGCAGUGGAAGAUUUAUUUCCUCAAGAGUGGUAUGCAUUGUCCAGUUCUCGAGUCUGUUAUGACAUGUAACAAGUGCUUCUAAUCAGACUGCUGCAUGUUUGAUUUAAUUUUCAGCAUUCAUUAUUUUAUCAACCAUGUUUGAGCUUAUUGAAAUGCACCUGAGACAGCAGACUUAAUUAAUGGUUGCAGCUUAGUUUUCCAUAGAUUUUCAAAAGAUAUUUUGUUUGCAUCUCCAUCUAUAUUUUUUAAGAAAUUGUAUAAAGGGAAAAACUAUUUUUCCACUUUCAGGAUUGAUGAGAUUGACCCAGACCUGGCUAAAUCAUUAAGACCUUUCCUGCCUCCUCGCGGCAGCAAGAACAACCCACCCAGUUUUAUGCAGGCUAACAACUUUGGAUU